GGAUAUAUGACUCGUUCAAUGAUUCUGAAAUUGAAUGUAAUGAUGGAGACGACGACGACGACUUUGAAGUGGAACUUGAAAAACGCAUUCGGGUGGGCAGUCAAACAUUGACAAUUGAUGACGAACGGUUCGUCGAGGGCGAAUCUGAUGAUGAAGACAUUGAGCAACUGUCAGACGAUGAUCUGUUGACGAAUGAUAAUCUUCCCGUUGCAAAUAUUGACGAAUGGACAUGGACCGCGAAAGAAGACAUAAAAUGGCACAGAGGUGUCAUUCAGAAGCAAUUGUUUGAAUUCGAGCUUGUGGAACUGGAUGAUUUGGUUGACGAUUACCUAUCACCUGUGGAAUACUUCAUAAAAUAUGUUCCUGAAACUGUGUUUGACGACAUGGUGACAUACACAAAUCUAUAUGCUGAGCAACAAAAAACGAAGAAAUGGCAACCUACGGAUAAGACAGAAAUCAAAACAUUUAUUGGACUGCAAAUUCAGAUGGAUUGUACUGACAAAUUCGUUAGAGUGCGACCACUCAUGAAUGCCGUCCGAGCGCGAUGUUUGGAAUUACCAGUCGAAGAAUGCCUGUCCAUUGAUGAGCAAAUGAUUCCUAUGCGAGGUAGAGUGUCGAAAGGAGUGAAACAGUACGUCAAGAACAAACCGAAAAUCAAAUGGGGGAUUAAAAACCUGGUGCUAUGUGGGAAAAGUGGACUGGCCUAUGAUUUCGUAUGCUAUCAGGGAUCAACCACUGAAUUCAAUCCGGAAAUGCUGGAGGCCUUUGGCUCUGGUGCAACAAUGGUCCUUCAUCUGGCGAACCGUAUAGAAAGAAGUGGGCACAAACUAUUUUUCGACAAUUAUUUUUCUUCCUUUCAAUUGUUCGAAGUAUUGGCUCAGAAGAAAAUCUACGCAGCGGGAACAAUUAGACUGGAUCGAUUCGCAAAACCACCAUUUUCGUCAGACUCGGAUAUGAAAAAGAAAAUUCGUGGUUGUUCAGAGGAAGUUGUGAGUUCAGACCGUAGAGUGACUUGCGUAAAAUGGUUCGACAACAAAUGCGUCGCUCUAGCUUCUAACUACGUCGGAAUUGGGACGCCAGACAAAGCAAACCGGUUCGAUAAAGCCACAAAACAGAAAAUAACAAUUGACCGGCCACAAAUCGUCAAGGACUAUAAUUUGAAUAUGGGCGGUGUGGACCUUAUGAAUCAAAUGAUCAGCUAUUACAGAAUUUCCAUCAGAUCGAAGAAGUGGACUCUCCGAAUGAUUACCCAUUUCAUUGACUUCGCAAUUGUCAACUCCUGGAUUGAAUACAAAAACGAUUGCGAAAAGGAAGAGAUCCCGAAACGGCAAGUCAUGGAUCUGUUGGCAUUCCGAAUGAAAUUGGCGAAUCAGCUUGUAUAUCAACAAAAUGUUAGCAAGCGAACGGCUCGUACUGCAGUCGACGCAUCGCAAUCGAAAAAGGCCCGCAAUCAACAGAAGGAAGCUCGCACAGAAAUCUGUGUUCGAUUCGAUGAACACAAUCACUAUCCAGUGUGUUCCGAUGACCGGUUGAGAUGCAAGUUAGAAACUUGCAAUCUAAAAUCGUCUGUUCUCUGUGAGAAAUGCAAAGUGCAUUUAUGCUUCAACAAAAACAAAAACUGCUUUCGUGCCUUUCACAUAAAGUCUUAA